AUGAGUUCCAGACCCUAUGAAAUCACUAUCCUUGGAGCGACCGGUUGGACGGCCACGAUCUGUGCUGAACACAUUGCCCGAACCUUUCCAGUGAACACAAAAUGGAGUAUCGUAGGCCGGUCCUCAACCAAGCUUGAGGCUUUACGUCAAUCUCUACGAGUCAUCAACCCUGAUAGGCUGGAACCAGCUGUUCACAUUAUAUCACAGCUUGACGAGCAAAAUCUCGCUCCCCUGGUCAAAAAAUCCCAUGUUAUCAUCAAUGGAAUAGGUCCUUAUCACCGUCAUGCAACUCCAGUUGUAGCAGCAUGUGCUAUGAAUGGUACCCAUUAUGUUGACUUCAGUACUGAGACGCUUUGGAUCUCAGAAAUGAUUCGCGACUAUCAUGAGCUAGCUGUCAGUUCAGGAGCAUCAAUCAUCCCGGCAAUUUCAGGAUCCAGUGCUCCGUCCGAUCUUGCAGCCUGGCUCAUGGCCUCUUACUUUAGUGACCAUGGCUUACCAGCAGCAUCUGAGGUGAUCUGCUCGGGUGAGAUGACUAUGCUUGGUAUGCAGGGCGGCUCGCUACACACUGUGCUUGAUGUUGCAGAAAACUAUGGUAUCAGAGGAUGGUUGAUUGCUGAUACGUCUGUCUUGCUGCCUGAUGGAGAGUCUGCGGGUGGCACCAAGGGACUUUCUGGAUAUCACUACGACCAACACAUUGGGCACCUGACGUCGUCUUUUGUUGCUUUUGGAAAUGAGUCGGUUGUUCAGCGAUCAGCAGCUCUCGACAGAUCUACUUAUGGACCAAAAUUUGUCUACAAAGAGUACAGUCCAGCAAAAAGCUACGUCGCUGCAAUGCUUGUUCAUAUCGUAACCAAAAUUGGCAUCCUCCUCCUUGCUGUGCCAUGGUUUCGGUCAUUUUUGCGGACGAGAUCUCUUAGUCCAGGAGAGGGACCAGACCGAACAGAGAGCCGUAAGACUGAAAGUGCCGAGUGGAAAGCUGUUGGUUACAUGCCUGGAGUAGCAGAACCAGUCGCGUGUUCCAGAUUUGUUUUUCAAGGAGCGUUGGUAGACAUGGCGGCAGUUCUGGCUGUGGAGGCUGCAGGAACGAUGAAUGAUAAGCUCAAAAUUAGAGACGGCGAUGGGCUGAAAGCCGGGUUGUCGACACCUUCAACCCUGGGGGCAAGAUUCGUAGAUCGGCUUCGCACAACAGGAUUUACCAUUGAGAUUAAGGGAUGGGGAACUGCCGAUCAAAAGGCAGUAGAAAAGAUCGACUUCUAA